AUGUCAUCGCCAGCUGCUGCGAAUGACACAAAUCUUGUGCUCUCUCUACGAUCCGAAAUCCAAUGCACCCAAUUCCUAUACACAGAUGUGACAUUACAGUCCGGCACAACGCACAAGUUCAUUGUUGACACGGGAAGCACGGAAUCUAUCAUUUCCAUUGCCGUGCUUCGGUCGAUCUGUCCCCAAGCCGAAAUCCAUCCGACAUCCGUGCGAAUCCUUGGUGUGACUGGACACAAAUUGCCAUUGAUAGCUAUGUCCAAUAUGCAUACCCGUCUACAGCGCCUGAUCGUGAAAUGUUCCAAUAAUACAGGAGGUAUGAACGUACAGCCGGACAAACUGAAAGUUGAUGGUGGACCCAUUUUCCUGAAACGACGUGUAAUCCCCUACGGCCAACGAGGUGGUGUACUACAGGCCCUUGAGAAAAUGGAGCGUGAUGGCAUAAUCACACGAGUCACAUCCAUUCGAAAUUUGAAGAACCGUGGUGAGGGCCGUGUUGUAGUCAAAGAAGCGGAAGUUACUAAAUAUCAUGAGCCUUGCUUUUAUGUGAUUAAACGUGCAAUACCAUUAAUGUCGGAUAAAUCCAACGUUCGUUGUCGUCUAUGGGCCCAGCGUAUUUUCCGCGGUCGUAAUUUCGGCAUCGAUCUGGUCCGUUGUGCACAUGAACCCGACUGGCGUCUCACUCACCCCGAUGAGGCUGAGCGCCUAUUAAGGGCUGCCUCAGAUCCAAAGAACGCGGCCCCAGAUGUACCUGUACAAUGUGUUGCGGCCAUGCCCUCACUACUAGCUGUCUAUCUGCAGCGCAGCGGACGCAUACCAGCGGAAACUAUCCGAAACGCUGCGGCAGCUAGCCGCGCUAAAACCGCCGAUGAAAAAGAAGCUGAUGGGCUUUUGCUCUUAACCAAAUUACCGUAUGAUCCGGAGGCGCUUCAGGUUCCGGUAAUUCCUUCAAAAGAGGAGCUGGGGAGGAUUCAUCCCCCGCGCACUGUCGUCUCAGAAAAUGACCUGGUAACCAAACCUCAAAUCAAUAGAGAUAGGUACUACAUUCGUCGUGCUGACACACCGGGCCUGUACUGGAGAGUAGAGUUGGAACCGGAGACUAAAAACAAGAACAAAACUAUUGAAUAA